GGCAGAAAGCAUGCAACAGAGCAACGGCACCUCAGGCUUCAUUCUCAUGGGACUCUUCGGGCACAUGAGACUCCACCUCUUCCUCUUCUCCUCAGUGCUGACCAUAGCCACUGCCUCCCUUCUCGGCAACACUCUCAUGGUCCUCCUGAUCCACCAGGACCCCCGGCUGCACACACCCAUGUACUUCCUGCUCAGCCAGCUCUCCCUCAUGGACCUCAUGCUGGUCUCCACCAUUGUGCCCAAGAUGGCAGAUGGCUUUCUUGCAGGGAAGACGUCCAUCUCCCUGGCUGGAUGUGGGCUGCAGAUUUUUGUCUCCCUCACCCUGGGUGGUGGGGAGAGCUUCCUCUUGGCAGCCAUGUCCUAUGACCGCUACGUGGCCGUGUGCCACCCACUGCGGUAUGCCACUCUCAUGAGCUGGCAGGUGUGCUGGCAGAUGGCCAUGGGCUCUUGGUUCCUGGGGGCAGCUGAUGGACUCAUGCAGGCUGCUACUACCCUCAGCUUCACCUACUGCAGUGCACGUAAGAUCGAUCAUUUCUUCUGUGAGGCCCCCGUGCUUGUGCGUUUGGCCUGCACUGACACUUCAGUCUUUGAGAAUGUCAUGUACAUCUGUUGUAUCUUGAUGCUGUUGAUUCCCUUAUCCCUCAUACUGACCUCCUACAGCCUCAUCCUCACUGCUGUCCUGUGCAUGCGCUCCACAGAGGCCCGCAAGAAGGCCUUGGCCACCUGCUCCUCCCAUUUGACGGUGGUGGGGCUCUUUUAUGGCGCUGCCAUCUUUAUCUAUAUGAGACCCAAAUCCUACAGGUCAGCCAAUCAUGAUAAGGUGGUGUCAGCCUUCUAUACCAUCUUCACCCCUCUGCUGAACCCCAUGAUCUACAGUCUGAGGAACAAAGAGGUCAAGGGAGCACUGAAGCGGUGGAUGGGAAAACAUUUCAACCCAAACACCAGAAAAUUUAAUUUCCACUCUUCAUAG